AUCUUUUAUCAACCACUUUCUUAAGUUACAUUUUUCCCAUAUAACCAGAUUUGUUACGACGUGAUAUAAAUUGGCAUAUUUAAAAAAUAUUCUUUACUUCAUUUAAAUUCAUUCAACGAGUAACGGCAGCGACGGCUGUUAAUUAACAUUCCCAACAGCUGUUAAACGCGGUGUACACGAAUAAAAGCCGUCGUCGCCGCAAAUUUUUUGCAAUGCUAGAAAAUAAUUAAGAAAAAUAAAAGUACUAAUCCAAUAGCCAAAAGGUGGAGUGUGUGCAAUCAAAGAAACAUAGUUUUGCCUAUAGAGCAAGUGUAUAUUAAGCAUUUGACGACGGCAACAACGGACACAGAAAUUCUGCCGGCAGACGCAGACGCUUUUUUCCUGCAAGAGCGAAAAAAAAUUUGUGCAGCGUUUAACUGUGAGUGUGCGUUGAUCUGUUUUGAACCAUGUCGAACGUGGAAAUUUACGACUCGUCCAAUUCGCAACUGAGCAGCGAUGAAUACAGCCACGACGAAGACGAUGAUGGAUUAAUGGAUAUGGCUGUUAGCAAACAACAAACGCAACCGGCCAAGUCAGCCAACAAAUCGAACGACACCUCACCGACUAAAACAGACAGCACCGCUUCCACCACGCCACGAAAACUGUCUGAGGAUGUGGAUGCAAUUGCCGUCUCCAGUAAACCGCCAGCUAAUCGAGAGCAUACACAGCGGCAGAUCAAGCAAAUGCAGCGCGAUAAUAAGGCUAAUUUGUAUUUCAAGCGGCGCAGCAUAAAAUGGCUGAAUCAACGUUUUACCCAUAAAACUGACUACAUGAGUCAGUUGCAGCGGUCGUUGCCCAAACGCCAUGCACAGGCCAAGCGCAUGGUCGAGUACCGAGCAGCCAAGCGAGCUAUAGAAAUGGAGCAGCAAGCACGCCAACUGCAACAGCAACAACUCCAACAACAUCAGCAGCAGCAGCUGCACCAGCACUUACAACUGCAACAACAGCAACGUAGACAACGCACUCCUAAUCGGAGUCGCAGCCGAAGUCGCAGUCACAGUCGCAGUCGCAGUCGCACGGGCAGCCAGUCGCCGGAUCUGAUCUGUAUUGAUGAUACCGAGAAUGAGGAUUCACCAGAGAAACCCAACGAAAUUCCAGCUGCCAACUUGCAACAUCAGCAGCAAAAAGUGGCUUCAAAGACACCGCCGCCGUUCGCCUUGCAGUUGGAAAUCCAAUCAGAGGCAGAGGCUACUCCUGCUGAAAAUGGCUCCGUGCUGGAUGAGUUCCUGACUAUAAAACCAGCUAUAGCAGCAGAGCCUGUUAUUGAAGAGGCAGCAGGCUGCAAUAACAGCCAACAGCAACAGUUGCAAGAGUUGCAGGACUUGGAGCUGCCUGCACUAAAACCUCAAGCUUGCUUGGAUAUGGUUGUAGAAGAUGCCACACUCAAACGUCGUCGUUCGGUCACACCACCAGCCGUGGAGGCACAUAAUGAGAAGCGCACCAAAUCUUUGCCAACUGAAGAUUUGGAUGAUGAAGUUAUAGAAUUAACUCCUUAUGCAGAGCCUGUAAAACAGGCACAACCAACACCAACACCUCUAACACUACAGCAAACACCGACAGCACCACCGACAACUCCGCUGCAUAAGCCAACCAAUAGAACCAAUGUCGAACCCUUAAACGCGUUCAAAGCUGGCGCACCCUAUUCGUUGUCUCCGUCAAGUGGCAUAGAAUAUUAUGCACAAAAGAAGGCGAUCUGCCAGCAGCAUCAGGCGCAAACACAGCCAGAGAAUAUGGCGUCUAUAUCGUUUAGCCUAGAGACACCUUCGCCGUCCACCGAGCCCAUGGAAGUAGUCUUUAUUAAUCAGAAGCAACUGGACGCGCAGAAUGUGAAGGCAGACGUCACAGUUUUGGCUCAAACCGGUGUGCAACAGCAGCAGCAGCAGCAGCAGCAGCCUACAAUUGACUUGAACUCUUUUGUCACGCCCUACACACUACAGCAGCAGUCUCCACAGGCACAGCAACAGCCGCCUCAGCUUCCACAGGUACAACAACAGCUGCUACAGCAGCCACAACAGUUGCAGCAGAAUCAGCAGCCGCAGCCGCCGCCGCAGCCGCAAUCACCACGUCCCAAGCAACGUGUUGCUGAAUCCAAGCAAACGCAAACUCUUCAGGGUACUUCCACUCGCAAUAAAUCCUCUGUUGAUAUGAACAACACCAACAGCGACGCAGUCUUUCAUCAGCGUGUCAAGGAUCUCUAUACAGAGCUGGACGAGAUAAUGUCGGAUAAGGUACGAGCUGUUAAGCCGGAACUCAAGUCUUAUGGUGAGGAAAAGUUGCGCAUCGAAGCGGAUCUCAAGACGCUGGAUAGUUUGAUUUACCAGAAAGAGGAGGAGCACAAUCGUCUGCUACAUUUGCGUUCCAUCAAGGAGGAAUUGUUAGCGCGCAUCGAGCGCAAGGAGCGCAUACUAAUAAUGAAGGAGAUUCUGCCUUCCAUACUUAACAAGAAUUGCAGCACAUCGGAACUAUACGAAAUGCAUUCGCUGCUGCAUAGCGAACAAAAUGCGCCAAUGCCAUCGAAGUACGGCGUCAGCGCCUUGGAGCAGAUGAUUAAUAGAGUGGAGAAUGGACUGGAUGAUAUCAAGAUAUUGCGCGGGGCCUUGGGUCUGCAGAACAAGGCUUCUUCGCUCGCCGAGUUAUCCAUGCCGCCACCUCCACCUCAACAUUGUGAAGCAGUGUCGCAGCAGAGACGUGACUCAUUGCCAGCUAUGCGUUCGUCCUCGCUACCCAAUCACUCAACUGUAUAUGCACGAUCAUCUGGCACGCGUGACGAUUAUAAACACGAACAGCUAGAGGAGCUAAGCAAGCGUAAUAAGCCGCCUUCUCGUUAUCAGCAGCUGAUCAAUGAGUCCAAACAGCUGACUGGUUCUACGGCCGAUCUCGCUGCCUCCUCCACAUAUCGCCAACAGCAACCAAUCGACACGCAACAACGCAGCCAAACGCACUCCCUGGACAACAAUCGUUUUGAUAACGAGGUGCCACUCAAGCCAUUGUUCAACAGCAGUCCCCUUGGUGCUAAUCAGCAGCGCAAAAGCAGCGAUACAACUACGCAAUUAAGCGAUCUACAUUCCAUGUAUCGUUCGGAUCUGCUGCAUGGUCUCGAUUCGCUGGAUCGUGCCGUGAACCAAACAAAUCGCAAUACCAUUAACAAUCGCAGCAAACGCUUGAGCGUUGCUACGAAUGGGCCGGAUCUAGAGGUGGAGCGUCGUUGCCAAUACUGUGAACGUUUUAAGGCCACCUACAUGUGCGCCAGCUGCCAGAAUCAAUGGUACUGCAGUCGUGAAUGUCAGGUACGCGCCUGGGACACACAUUGGGAGUCGUGCCCCAAUUAGGAUAUACUCGCUGUAUCAGCAUUACUACUACAAUUAAAUACAUACAUAUAU